AGAGAAUGGAUGCUCAUGGAGGCGUAUGAUGGGCCUGAACUUUUAAUGGAUAAAGGGCCUCUCAAAUCUUGGCCCAUAAAAAAUGAAAACCUAGGCAACACGAGAGGUUUGCUUGCUGGUUUUCCAACCAACGCCGACUCCCCUCAACGCCGCGCUCGCCGCCUCCCGCGCCGGACUUGCGCCGCCUUCCUACGCUUGCUGAUUUCCGCCGACCAAAUACAUCGGGCGGUGACCUCGACGCUGACGGCCCCUUUGACGGCUCGAGGGGACUUCAUUAGGCGACCUACCGACGGCUAUCCUCAACCCGGCGGCCGGCGGCUUCUACUCAGACUAACUUCAGAUUACAUUGCAGGAGACGUUCUUGAUGACCUACUGUCGAAACUUGUCAGGAGUGUGGAGGUUGCAAAGGCUUCUAGGGGAGGUUUACCAGAAAAGAUAUGGAUGAAGAAACAAUUUGCUAUCGGGGUCAAUGAUGUGACAAGGGUUCUUGAGCGAAUGCCUCCAGCUACUGCCACUAAUUCUACUUAUAGUUCUACUGAAGCACAAACUGUCUCAGGUCGUCGUAGAGCUCCUUUGGUGCCACUGCAGGCUGUCCUUGUAGCUGCCGAUUGCAAUCCCAAGUGGUUAACAAAACAUAUACCAACCCUGGCAUCUACAAGGCAGGUUCCCGUACUGUGCAUCAAGGACAACAAAGGAGGCUCAGUGAGGUUGGGUCAUGUGGUGAAUAUCAGAACAGCACUUGCCAUUGGAGUAAAGGCUGGAGACAGCGUGGUCAACAAGACUAUCGACGAGGUCUUGGAUUGUAAUAAGCAAUGAACCAUAAAAUUAUCUCUGGGAGCAGCAAAAUGAUGGAUAAAAACGUUUGAACUCCUGGGCAUGCAACAGUUCCAGAGCAUCUGAGAGAUGGGUUAACAUCUGACAUAGAGAGAAGAAGCUUUAGAAGGGGGUAUACGGUUCUACCAGAUCGUGGCAAGAUCAAUUUUCUUACACCGAUACUCGGAGAACCCUUUCUACCAAUACCCAAGGGGAAUAGGCGUACAACUCUGUUUGAAUGGAUUGCAAAGAUAUUUGUGCAUAGCAUUCCCAUUGUGAUCUGAUCUUGGAUUGUCGCCUAUGUUUUUCUCUGUUACCAACAAUAGAUGAUGUGAAAGUAAUGCUGGCAUAAUUGUAAGUUUGAAUGUUUAAUGUGUUUGAGACACCACAGCACCUGUUCAUUUUGUUGUAGUUGUCUUUUU